AUGAACUCCUUCAACAUUUCCCGGGGCUUGGUGCGGCUGGGACGCAACAGAAACGUACGUCCAGAUGGCCUCAAGUGCCGUGAGGAGACCGUCGAGGGCGCCUGCUUUCUGGUUGAGGACGUCAUGAGGUGCUGGGCCUCAGGACAGGGCAUCUCUCAACCAGAGCUGCUGCAGGCAGUGCAGAAGUUUAUGUACCACGAGGACGGCGAGGAGCUUCGCUUUCGCCUCUCCGAGAGCCUGGAGGGCCUGACGAUCUUUAUCGCCGCGAGUCGCCGUGGCCAACCCAGAGGCUUCAAGGGCAAGGGCAAGGGCGAGUUUAAAGGAAAAGCAGGGCCUUUUCAUCGGGACGGCAUCGAGCGACGAGGUGCGACAGAGCGACAUCCGCGGCGACAUAGAGAGCGCAGAGGCCGCCGAGGGCAUGCCAGCAGCGAGCGAUCGGGUAGCAGGCACGCCCGGCGGUCGCGCUCGCGCUCCAGCGAGCCAGGACCUGAGCCCAUGGCCAUCCCUCCCACAGAGAGGCCGCUGCCGCUGGACCUGAAGAAGCCGGCGCCGCCGGGACCGGACGGAGGCAAUGGCUGGCGCAAGUUCUUGAACGAGGAAGAGGGCACGCACUGGUACCAUCACGAAAGUCUCGGCGAUGGCAUCGAGUUCCUGUGCUGGGGCGAAGGUCAGGAAGUUCAGGCAGGGAGGCUUCCAUGUCGCGGCUUCGAAGAGGCGUGCAGAGCUAGCCACAGCCUACCAGACCUUUGCGUGGCAGGCAGCGUGAAGACGACAUCCAACAAGUUCCACAUCAUGGCCGCAAUCAUCAAUUGUGGUUUCGAUGUGCUCUACUUGGACUUUGAUAUUGUGCUGAUGAAAGACCCCAUGCCUCCUAUCCUGGCAGACGCAGAGAAGGCAGAGCUUCUUCUCACGCGAGACAUGGGCGGUGAGUGCAUCAACAUCGGGGUUGUGUUCAUGAAAUCGCAUCCGGACACAGCCCGCUUCAUGCAGGAGCUGAUAGUGUGGCUCUGGCAUCAUCCCUACGAGUUCUGCCAGAAAGCGUUUGCUGGCAUCAUGGGCCUGGAGGACCUGCAGUGGAACGACUUCUUUGGGAGCCCCGUGGGCCAGUUGCCUCGCUGGGCCUUCCUCGACUCCCUGAACGCCUUUGUCACCAGCACCGUCUACUCCGGCGAGGUGAACGGAUGGACAGGCGGCGCAGAUCAGAUUGUGAUCUACCACUUUCUGGAUGGCACCGGCGGAGUCGACCCCAAGUUCGCCGUGGCUGGAGAGUAUCAGAGUCUGUUCGAACUCUUCUACAACAAUGAGAAGCUGGACUUGGCUGAUGGAACCACGCCCCUCUAUGAGCAGGACGAGCGCGUGAUGUCGCAGCUGGACUUCUCGCAGCAGCCGAAGCCCACCAAGCUGCUGCCUUGCAGCCACAUCGAAGAGCACGCCUACCCCGCCUGGAAGCGGAGGCAGCGCAAGGAGCUGCUGAAACGUCAAGACAUCCGGGCCCAGUGGUGA